UCAUUUUACUUCUGAACCCUUUUCACUCCACAGCAGUUACUUCACAUGCUGAGCAUCCUCAAAGGGUCUUCGUCCUCUGAGAAUUCAGUCUGAUGUCGGUCCGUUGAGUGCAGCACCAGAACAGCUUAUUAAAUGCUUUUCAAUUCAUCUUAGAGCAAAUAACAGCCUCUUGUAAUUUGUCCAGCCCUGCUUGAGGAAAGCAGUGGAGCAGCAGUCCAUACAAAACCGGCAGCACUUGUAAUCUCUCUCAUGUGCUCUGUUUGCAGAUGACCCUCGGGCACGAGUUUGGCGCUGGGGCGGCCUGUUUGAAAUGCAAGGACAAGUGCGAAGGCUUCGAGCUGCAUUUCUGGAGAAAAAUCUGCCGAAACUGUAAAUGUGGCCUCACAGAGCACAACGUGCAGAUGGAGUCAGAGGAGAACAAGAAGGUCGGCAAGCUGUUCGAGGACACCAAAUACACCGGCCUCAUCGCCAAGCUGAAGAAGGACGGCAUCCCCAGCUACAACAGCAACAUGAUGACCGUCACUCUGCCCAGCCCUGGCACUGCUUACGUUGUACCGCCGAGUGCGUCUUCCUCUGUGGUGCCCCCCUCUGCCACAGCUGGUCCUGUACAGCCUGCUGGAGCUGCUGCAGGUACAGCAGCCAGCAAGGCUCAGGCCCAGGCCCAGGCUCAGGCUCCGGCUCAGUCUCAGGCUCAGGCCCAGGCUCAGGCUCAGGCUCAGGCUCAGGCUCAGGCUCAGGCUCAGGCCCAGGCAGUACCAGGCAGCGUCACACCAGUCAAGGCUAGCAAAGUGCCAGUUGCUGUCAGCCCCACUUCUGCCAGUGUGGUACCAGUCCCCAAAGAUGUGCCAAUGAAGUCUGUCACCUAUGAGUGGGCACCUCCAGUGGCCAAUAAGCAUCUGGCGGUGCGUUACAUCGAGCUGCUCCCACCGGAGAAACGUCCGGUGGCCGGUACCGAGGGAGCCGUUUACCGUCGGCAGCAGAUGGCCCGUCAGCUGCCUGAGCACGACCAGGACCCGUCCAAGUGCCACGAGCUGAGCCCCGCCGAGGUCAAGCAAAUGCAACAGUACGUCCGCAAGUACAAGGAUGAGGCCCUGGGGGUCGGAGAUGUUAUGCUGCCUGAAGAAAUGGCUCUGGUUCAGGCAGGAGGGCAGGGUGGAGCCGGCGUCGGGACUGGAGGUGCCCCUGGUGCUGGAGGUGCAGGGUUUGGACCUGCAGUUGGUACUCCUGCUGCUAGCACCGGGGCUGGUGGCAUAGCUGGUGCUGGAGCUGGUUUUGGACCUGGAACAGGGGGUAGAGAAGGUAUACCAAGACCUGGUGGUGCUGGACCCCUUCUUGGUCCAGGAGUUUUACCAUCUGCUGAUUUUGGGCCAGCUGGAGGCGCACUGGGUACCACUGCGACUGCUGGAUCCAUGGGCGUCCCUGGAGCUCACCAAGCUGGACUACCACAGCAGACCUUUUCGUGCCAUCACUGCCAGCAGCCGAUGCGUCUGGGUGACCCAGCCGUGUACGUCGAGCGGGCCGGCUACGACAAGCUGUGGCACCCGGCCUGCUUCGUGUGCUGCACCUGCUCCGAGCUGCUGGUGGACAUGAUCUACUUCUGGAAGAAAGGCAAGCUGUACUGUGGACGCCACUAUGGAGACAGUGAGAAGCCGCGCUGUGGAGGCUGCGAUGAGCUGAUCUUCUCCAAUGAGUACACUCAGGCCGAGGGCCAGAACUGGCAUCUGAAGCACUUCUGCUGUUUUGACUGUGAUUGUGUCCUUGCUGGGGAGACGUACGUCAUGGAGAAUGACAAGCCUGUCUGCAAGCCCUGCUACAUGAAGAACUACGCUGUGAAAUGCUCAGCCUGCCAGAAUGCGGUGGAGCCGGAGGCCCAGAGGGUUUCCUAUGGCGAGCACCACUGGCACGCCGAACCGCAGUGCUUCAAGUGCUCCGGAUGCUCCAAGUGCCUGAUCGGCCAGCGCUUCAUGGCGGUGCAGAGCUUCCUCUUCUGCUCUGUGGAGUGCAAGAAGAAAACCAUGGCUUAGAUUGCCAAAACAUGUCGCUCCAUCUUUUUUACAACCGCUUGUGAAACCAGGACAGAUUGAGCUUAGACUAGAACCAGAGCAGGGAAAACAACCACUGGUGUAGCAGGAUGAAGGCAGAGAUGAUGGAAUGUGUUAAAGGAAAAUAGUGCCUGAUUCUUCUAAUAUGGAGAAAUACAAUAACAGUGAGUCCAUUUCCAUUUGGGUGCUCUUUUUCUUUGUGUCACAGAAGACUCCUGAACUUCUGCCUUCCAGUUUGCCCUCUGCCUUAAAUCUUCUUUCAACACUUCUUUCUUACUCAUGAGAUUCAUUUUGUACCAGUUGAAGGGGCCUUCCAGUUUUUAACUUUGAAUCUGUCUCAGUCUACUGGUAUUAGCACUGUUGUACACAAAAGAGCUGUUGGUACUGAUUUAAUGUGCUGCUUUUACAGCUUUCUUCAUUCCCUCCCCAAAAAACUACUAAUAUCCUCUCUCCUCCAUGCAGCAGUAUUAGGCCAGUUUAGGGUUGAUCUGCUUCCUGUGCACUGUAGUCCAGAUCAAGCUGAGAUCAAAAUAUUCUCAAUCAAAUCAUUAUGCAGCUCUUCUUUUUUUCCCUUUGAUUUAAGACAUUCAACCUCCAGGAUUUAAAGAAGGUAUUUGACUACACACUGUCCUUGUUUGAUUGCAGUAUUUUCAUUGUAUUUUAGAAGAACAAGACAAUGUGAAACCCUUACAGUAUAGGCCAGUUAACUGUUAAGAGAUACACCUGUACACGCUACUGCUGUCCAAACAACAGCUCUGCAUUUAACCGCUGGUUUGGAUCCAGACAGGACUCUGUGUGUCAGGUGUGUCUAAUGUCUUCCCCCUUGUUUGUCUUAAUGUGAAUAAAGUGCAUAAAGAAGAUGGAUUUUGCACAGAUAUGGGAUUGUCUUAUCUUUGAUAAGACUGGUAGCAUUGGGUAAUACAGUUCAAUCCAGUACAAUCACAAACUUUAUCCCCAGAAAGUGCUGUGGAACUGAUCAGACACCUGACUGAUGUGAUUUGCUACGGUGUCAGCUUGCAUUUGGUGUUUCUUUCAUUAUUCAUUCUUUAUUAGGAUCUCCGUUAGCUUCCACAAAUUGUUCUCUAGUGUUGUGUCCACAUGAGUCAAAAUUUUGUCCACAUGAAUCAAAAUUCUGAAUAAUUACGAGCAAAAUGUCCACCAGUCAGUAAAUAAAGGGGAAAAGCGCAAUACAGCAGUAAUGCAGUGCAGAAAAUGUGCGUUCUCCCUCUGUAAGUACUUAGGAAUUGGCAGGAACGUUAACACAUGGAAGUAAACGUUUCUCCCAAGACCAUCCACUGGCCUCCUGAUGGAUCUAAACACUGUAAAGUCCUUGUGUAGGAAUAAUUUUAGGUUUGCCGCAUUACCCAAGGAGUAAUGAAUUCAGGAAAAAACACUGGAAAUUGCUUCACAUAAAUCAGUUUUGUGUCUCUCUCGAUUUGUGUUCUUUUUUGUACAAUGAGCUUUCCUUUUUCAAGCAAUAAACUGCACUUUAAAUGA